CUCUCUCAGGUUCUGUGUGUCUGGGUUUUACUGACUGGACGAGUUUCUGCAACUGAAUUAACCUGCGAAACCUUAAUCCUGCUGUCCACCAACCUGACAGUGAGGACGUUGGCGUUACUGAACCAGACGAUCACCAUCAGUAACAGUUCAGGUGUGUACUGCACCAUGUCAGUAGACGGUAUAGGAACCUGUUGGCCUCACAGUGCAGCAGGUCAGCUGAUCUCCAGAUCCUGUCCUGAGCAGUUCAACGGCAUCCACUACAACACCAGCAACCAGGUGUACAGAGAGUGUCAGUCUAAUGGCAGCUGGGCUCCCCGAGGAAACUACAGUCAGUGCACCGAGAUCUUCGUCCUGAGGAAGAGUAAGGCUCAUUAUCAGGUGGCUGUGAUCAUCAACUAUCUGGGUCACUGCAUCUCUCUGGGAGCUCUGCUGCUCGCCUUCAUCCUGUUCAUGAAACUCAGGAGUAUUCGUUGUCUCAGGAACAUCAUCCACUGGAAUCUGAUCUCAGCGUUCAUCCUGAGGAACGCAACCUGGUUCAUCGUCCAGCUGACCAUGAACCCUGCUGUUACCGAGAGCAACCAGGUGUGGUGCAGGUUGGUGACGGCAGCUUAUAAUUAUUUCCAUGUGACGAACUUCUUCUGGAUGUUUGGUGAAGGUUGUUAUCUUCACACCGCCGUCGUUCUGACCUACAGCACCGACCGUCUCAGGAGGUGGAUGUUUGUCUGCAUCGGCUGGGGUAUCCCGUUCCCCGUCAUCGUUGCGUGGGCUUUUGGGAAGCUUUACUACGACAAUGAAAAGUGCUGGUUUGGAAAAAGGGCGGGAGUUUAUACAGACUACAUCUACCAGGGUCCCAUGAUCCUGGUCCUGCUGAUUAACUUCGUCUUCCUGUUCAACAUCGUUCGGAUCCUGAUGACCAAACUGAGAGCAUCCACCACCUCCGAGACCAUCCAGUACAGGAAGGCAGUGAAAGCAACCCUGGUGCUGCUGCCUCUGCUGGGAAUCACUUACAUGCUGUUCUUUGUGAAUCCUGGAGGAGAAGAUGAAGUGGCUCAGAUCGUCUUCAUCUACUUUAACUCCAUACUGGAGUCCUUCCAGGGUUUCUUUGUGUCGGUGUUCUACUGUUUCCUGAACAGUGAGGUCCGCUCUGCAGUCAGGAAGCGUUGGAUACGUUGGCAGGACCGUCACUCCCUCCGGAGCCGGGUGGUGCGCGCCACGUCACUGCCGACCUCCCCGAGCCGUGUGUCCUUCCACAGUAUUAAACAGUCCUCUGACCUCUGA